UGUAUGCCAAUAUGGCGCUGACCGUGUCAACAAGGUGUUUAUUGUAAUCCUGUAGAGUCAAACAGAAUAGUCACAGCAGAGGCAUGGGAUAAUCUGCAAAGAGAACUCCUCCGAUUCUUUUGGCCUACUUCCUCACACAGUGUGCAGACGUCAAACUUGACUAGUAAUCUCAACCAAAGACUAUGGCUGCCCAAGCAGACUCUCAACCUGAUGUGGGUUCCCACCUUCUACAUGACAACUUAUACGGGUCGAAUAUGCUCAUGAAGCUGAAUGAGUUUCGACUAGGAUCUCUCUUCACCGACGCUGUCCUCUGUGUGGGCCAAGAAGAGUUUCCUUGUCAUAAGAAUGUUCUAGCCGUUAGCUCCCCGUACUUCCAGGCCAUGUUUACAAGUGAUCUCAAAGAAAGUCGUGAGAACAAGAUCAGCUUUAAUGACAUCUCACCUUGGACACUGAAGCUAGUCAUUGAUUAUGCGUACAGUGGCAAGAUUGAGAUCACCGCCAACAAUGCUCAAGAAAUGCUUGCUGCUGCCUGUCUGUUCCAGUACCCGGCUAUAGUCUCAGCUUGUGAAACUUUUUUAGAACAACAGCUCCACCCAUCUAAUUGUCUAGGUAUUGAGAUGUUCGCUCAUCUGCAUUCUUGCACAGGACUUGUGGAGAAAGCACACCAGUUUGCUCUUGAAAAUUUCACUGUAGUUGUAGAGAAUGAUGAGUUUUUAGAUUUACCUCUAGAUAGGCUACAAGGAUACAUUUCAAGUGACCUUAUUGAUGUGAGAACGGAAGAAAGCGUGUUUCAUGCUGCCAUGCGAUGGAUCAAAUUUGACUUGGAUGCACGUGAGGUACACCUGUCGGAGCUCUUAGAGAACGUCAGACUGGCUGUGCUGGACCUCUCCAACCUGAAACUCAUCGAGAACAACCCGCUGGUGUGUGCCUCGGAAAAGUGCUUGACCUUGGUGCAGGAGGCUCAGCAGCUAAAGCAGUCAUUCCACGAGACUCAGGGUGGGAAGCGGCGACGAAGCAUGCAGGACUCCAUCGUCCAGCCCCGUCCCUCAACGGUUGCCAAGGAGAUGAUGGUGGUUUUAGGCGGCCUUCCCUACAACAGUUCUUUGUCUUGCAGCGUCGAGAUGUAUGACCCUCAUAAAGAGAAAUGGUUCAACCUGGCUGACCUUCCCUUGCGGGUUACCUGGUGCAGCAUUGCUGUGCUCAAUAACUCUAUCUAUGUGGCAGGCGGCAUUCAUGAAGGCCACAUCAUUUCAAAGGUCUGGAAGUUUGAUGCAAUGGAGAGAUCAUGGCACUCCAUGUCCCCUAUGCUCAAACCAAGAGCCAGGCACACGGCUGCCAUCAUCGAUGACAAAAUGUACGUCCUCGGUGGUGUCAGGUAUGAGCGCAAGAUGCUGAGUGUGGAGACGAUCGAGUGUUACAACCCAGUGACCAAUAAAUGGAGCGCGGCAGGAAGGACCAUGUUUCCGCGAAAGGAAUCGUGUGUCGUCCCAUACAACAACACAAUUGUGGAGGUCGGAGGCCUUCAAGGAGAGGAGGCCAUAGUCAAAACCAUGGAUAGCUACCACAUUGUGGGAGACACGAUUCGCCCUUCAGGUGAGCAGUUUGUGCUACCCGAGAAUAUACGGUACGCUCAGAUCGUUGUCAUUAAUGCUGUCUUCUACAUCAUAUGGGAGGACAGCUGCAAAAUGAUUGCCCUGAACGCUCAGAAACGGACAUACAAAUUUCUUCCCAGUCUCAGGCAUUCCCGCAUUCACAGCGGUGCGUCCGUCGUGAAUGGAAAGAUUUACGUGACGGGCGGUUUGAUUGACUCCAAGCCCACGGACCUGGUGGAAUGUUUUGACCCAGUGACUGAAGAGUGGACCGAGGUGACCCCCAUGUCUGAGGGACGGGCUUACCACGGCUGUGUCACGCUCAAGAUGUGUUGAUUUGUCUCCCUUGCUUUGAUUCAAAUAGUCAUUGGUAGAUAAUCUGGAGAUUUACAGCCAUGUGCUAAUGGACCAAAAAGAUAUUAUGUUGCUCAAAAUGAUCAAAAAUUAAUUUUUAUUGAUUUUUUUAACAGUAGGAGGAGUGAUGGAGCUUUCAACUAGACAUUCUAGAGAACAAAAUGCCUCAAUGUCCUUUAUAAUUGUACUAAGAGUGUAUCUUCUAAUCAGAUCACACAUUUAAAAUGUUUUUACUUUGGAAAGAGAAAUGUGUGCUUUUAAAUGUGUCUGAGGUCGUUUAACCGUUUUGACUGUUUGUAAUUUUGUAAUUAGUAUGCUUCAGGAAAAUAGGAAUUUUUUAUGUAUAUUAUGUCUUCUCCUCAGGAAGAUGCACCCUUUUUGUUAAAAUGAUGUCUUUAUUUAUUGGUCUUUUCCUAUAAGAAUGGUUUAAUAUAAAAAUAUGUAGAGGACAUUAUGAUGCAGUAAAAGCUUAUUUGCCAUGGACCUAAGCGUUGCUGUGAAUUACAAGUAGUAUUACUGAAAAGUAACUAUUAUCACACCAGUAACUCAAUGGUGAUCAUAUGUAAGUGAGUGCUGUAUACGCUUGUUAUGGGGUUACAUAGAGAAUUUCAACAAUCACAUACCGGUAUAUAUUUGAUGUGCUUGGACACCAGGCUCUGCUAACACAGUGUGAGCCCUUGAGUUAGAGUGGGUGCAUGGUAGCUUUGUCAAAGCUUUAAUUUAAAUGCCUCAUUGCUUCUGUCAUACUUUCAGUGUGCAGUACAUUUGCAGUGGUCUGUAUUGGACAAUAUGGGUUAUUUCUUAGAUCCUUCAUUAUUACAUGUAUGUAUUACUAAAUCAUUACAUGUGACUUCAAUUCUAGUGGGUUCUAAAUUAUGAUAUAUAUGGAUGAAGAGCUUCAGUUAGAAGCCCAAACAUCUAUAGUUUGAAACUUAUCAUUUAUCAAA